AUGAAUAAUGAACUUACUAGCACUAUUAAAAACAUUUUAAGAAUAAAUGAAAUUAAAAAUGAUGACCUUGCUUCGAUUUUAUCGAGAUAUAUUCAAAAAAAUUUUUUAAAUGACACUGACACUGAUAUUUUUGCAGAAAGUGACUAUUUUCAAGAACAGAUAAUUAAGGCAUCGAUGGCAAUCGCUGCAAACUGCAACUUUACCAACAAUAUUAAUAUUAAUAGGGAAGAUGAUGUUUCAGUUAAUGUCGAAGAAAUCCCAAUUUUCAAGAAUUAUGUUGAAUUUGAAAACUUUAGAGAUCUAAACAAUUGGAUAACCGAUUUAUAUGAUCGAGUGUUUUUUUCAAGCAAAAGCCAUUUUCAAGAUAAAAAUGGCAUUAAAGAAAAAAUUGAAAAUUUAGUAAAUGAAUACAAUGAUUGUGAAAUAAUUCCAUUCAACUUACCAUUAGAUUUUAUUAUAUCAAUUCAUAAUACAGGAAUGAUUUCAUCAGAAAAAGUAAUUGACUACUUAAGAUCUCUGCAUUUAUUCACAAGAAAAGAUGAAGGAAAUAUUUCAAAACAUAGAUCCGAUAUCAAAGAUCAUUUUCUUUUUAAUGAAGAUAUCAAUAUUUAUGACGAUGAAUUAGCCGAAUGUCCUUUGGAGUGUCAGGCCUCACAAAUAAUUAACAAAUGUGAAAGUGAAAGAUUGUCUUUCUCUCAAAUUGUAGAAAAUCAACUACAAAAGCUUGAUAAUCCCGACAAAAAGCAUCAAAUUAUUAACUUUACCCUUAGGAUUAGUUUUUCUGUUAGCGGAUUUUUUGAAAAUAUGGAAACAGAAUUGAAAACUUUGGAAGAUAUCAUUUCAGUAUUUCUAAGAACUAUGAAUUCAAAUCUUAAAAAUGAAAUUAAUAUUCUGGACAAAAAUGUUAUAUUUUUAAAUAAGUCAAAUAAAAGUCAAUUCAUUCAUUUGUUACGACAAAACGUUAAUAGCCUCAAUAUUUUAAAUAGAUUCUUACUUAUUAAAAUUCUUCAUAGAGGGAAUUUUGGUCAAAUUUAUGUAGGGCUCGACUUAAUAUCAUUCAAGCUUGUCUGUUUAAAAAGGCUUAUAGGAAGCUUUUCAGACAAUCAAUAUUUAAAAAAUUCUAUAAUUGAAGCUAAUUAUUUAAAAGUUUUAAGUAAGUCUGCGAUUUCCAAGUUCGUGCCUUAUUUUGUUGACGUUGCAGUGAGCAAUAACAAUGUAUUUAUUAUUUCAGAAUUACAGGGGAAAAAUUUAUUGUCUGUCAUAAAGAAUGAUUCAAAGAAGGCACAUUUAACUUUUGGAAACAUUCAAAAUAUUAUUAAACAAUUAUUAAGUUGUAUAAAAUAUCUUCAUGAGUCACUUAAACUAAUUCAUUGCGAUAUUAAACCGGAAAAUAUCGUUAUUGACCAUAUUAGUGCACAUGAUAUUUUUGGAUAUUUAAACAAUGUGCAAACUGAAAAAAGCGGCCGGAUAAAUAUUAAAUUAAUUGAUUGGGGAAGCUGCCUAAGCAUUUACCAAGCAUCGAAUUCAAGAAACUCCUAUAUUCAAAGUAGAUAUUAUCGAUCUCCUGAAGUUUGCUUGGGGCUUCCCUAUAAUGAAAAGAUCGAUAUCUGGAGUAUCGGAUGUGUAAUGGCUGAAUUGGUACUUAGAAGACCACUUUUCGAUUAUAACAAUUCAACUCAAGAAUUAUUAGCAAACAUUGUCGCCACAAUAGGAAAAUUGCCAAUACAUAUGAUAAACAAUUCUUCUACUAUUGACCACUUUAUUACUCAUGACGGGCACUUAUUUGAUAAACACUUAAACAAGAUUAGACUUUUCACAACAUUUCAUGGAGUUUCUAAAUACAAAAGCAGAAUAUCUGAAUUGUUUGAUGCUGAUAAAGAUCCUUUAUUUGUUGAUUUACUAAACAAACUCUUGUGCAUUGACCCUGACGAAAGACUCUCAGCAUCUCAAGCGUUGAACCACCCUUGGUUCGACUAUAACUAUCACAAUUGA